AGCUACAUCAAAUUGAAGGUACCAUUUCUAAUGAUGACUGUCGUUCGUUGACAACUAUUCUAGUGUUCCUAUUUCAUUGUCUAUCUGUCGUUUAUUUCCAGAUCAGCCUGUCUUUUUGUUUUGUCUCGGCAAGUCUUGUCUCAAUCGCUCGCUGGUGUCUUGUCUCGCCCUUUAUUGUCUUGCUAUGGGUUUGAUUAUUUGUUGGAUGACGACGACUCCUACCGUACCCUCUCACCACUCUUGAAAUACCUGACCAUUGCAUUGCUACGAGACCUCACCUCUUCAUCCGCCAUUAUGGCGGUUCAUCACUUCUUUUAUUCACCUCUUUAUAUACGAUUUUUUGUUGUUUCUACCUUGAUCUCUCUAUCCUUCUCACAAUUCAUCCCUAGCUCUGAUGCUAAGGCGCGUAACCUCACAGUCGUCCGCUCACCAGCAAAUCGGGAUGUGACUGUCUCUUAUAAAACUCCCGAAGGCGUCUGUUCUACAGCAUUCGACUCUCAAAAGCAGUACACGGGUUGGGUGUCGAUUCCCGGGGAUUAUCCAACCAAUCUCUUCUUUUGGUUUGUUGAGGCUCGUGAGCGAACUGACAGUCUCACUAUCUGGCUCAAUGGAGGACCAGGAUCCAGCUCACUCUAUGGUUUCUUCACCGGCAACGGGCCUUGUGAAGUUGUCGAAAAAGGAUUAAAUGAAUAUGAAACGCUUGUACGAGAAUGGGGCUGGGAUCGAGCCUCUAACAUGCUCUUCAUCGAUCAGCCCAACCAAGUCGGCUUUUCAUACGAUACGCCUACCGACGGCACAAUAAACUUUCUCAGUGAAAAUGUUACUGAGCCUCCAGUGUCCUACCCGGAGCUUCCAGAAUGGCUUGUUCGCAAUGGCACUUUCAGUUCCAACAAUGGAAAUUUUACUGCCAAUACUACUGAAACCGCUGCUAUGGCCGUUUGGCAUAUGGUCCAGGGCUUCUUGACCACGUUCCCACAAUACCAGCCUGCCUCGCGUUCUCGCAACAGCUCACUCGGCAUUAACCUCUUUUCCGAAAGUUAUGGUGGUCGCUACGGUCCUAUCUUCGCGGAAACCUUUGUACAGCAAAACGCUCGCCGAGAGAGUGGGGAGCUACCACGCAAUUCAACCAUUGAUGUCCAUCUCAGUUCUCUCGGCAUCGUCAAUGGUUGCGUUGAUAUGGAAACUCAAGUACCGUACUAUCCAAUAUUUGCCAGUGACAACACAUAUGGCUAUAAAGCUUUGUCUACUAGCGACGCCAAGUUCAACCUCGAUAAGUUCUCUGCUGAAGGCGGCUGUCGCGACCUUCUUCAGAAAUGCGCCACCGAUGCAUCAGUCAGCGAUCCUGAGGGCGAAGGGGACGAGGAAUCUAUCAAUGAGAUCUGCUUCGAGGCUGAAAGUAGCUGCAAUGUCAUUCAAAACGCCUACUCUAGUUCGGGUCGUGGCUACUACGAUCUUGCUGCCCCCCUAGCCGACCCUUUUCCACCCAUGACAUUCUUGGAAUACCUCAACCAAGACAGUGUGCAACAAGCUAUCGGUUCUCCUAUCAACUUUACAAUGACCAAUAGAAAUGUCAAUCUCGAGUUCCAAUCCACGGGUGAUCAGGCGCGUGGCGGCAAUAUCGCCCGUCUAGCUUCUCUCCUCAAUUCAGGAGUACGGAUUGCCCUGAUAUACGGAGAUCGUGACUAUAUAUGCAAUUGGCUUGGUGGAGAAGCUGUUUCGCAAAGCCUGGCCAGCGAAGCAGGCGGUGAAUACAGCAUUCGCUUUCCUGACGCUGGAUACGCACCCAUCAUCGUCAAUGAUUCGUACAUUGGUGGUGUUGUUCGUCAGUUUGGCAACCUCUCCUUUAGUCGUGUUUACCAAGCAGGCCACGCCGUGCCUGCUUAUCAGCCUGAGACUGCCUUCCAGGUUUUUGCUCGUAUCAUCCUGGGUACUUCGAUUUCUACUGGCAUGGACAUUGAUGCCUCCACGUAUAAUACCACAGGUGAUGCCAAUGCGACGCAUACUGAAGAUCUUCCCAAACAAUUGAAUCCUACGUGCUACGUUCGGAACUUCCAAGGUAGUUGCGAUUCGGGCGCCGAGGAACUAGUCAAAGAUGACAAGGGGAUUGUAGUCAAUGGCAUACUGUAUACUUCGAAGGAAGAUUGGCCGUUGCAAGCAGAGACGACGGAGACGCCAACAACAUCAACUUCAGAUCCCAGCUCAACGUCGGAUAUGACCGGGGUAUAUACAGCAACUGAAACACCUGAUGCUGCAGCAUGGAACCCACCCAAUUCAGGGCUAGUGGUUGCCAUUGCUGGCAUAUUGGUUUUGCAGGUUGUUGCAUGAGCUCCCCAAGUCUGAGGGAACACUGUAUUGUUUGCUGUACUUGCGCAGCACGAGCAGAGAACAUUGUUGUAGACAGAUCAUGGCGUUAUCCCCCAAGGUUUAUGGGUAAUGGUAAUUGGCACCGGUUGGAAAAGCAUCGCAUUGUAUAUUUCUGAUUCGGAUGGGGCUUGUUGAGCCAAAUAGCGCAGGGGGUAAUGAACCAGUUAAGAUACCCCACGUUGCCGUAAAUAUUCAUAGAGGAAAAUAUAGCAUAUUCCGGAACGC